CCAGAAAAGACAUAGUUCAAGGAAAGAUAGUAGGAAGACAAAGGCAACAGGACCAUUGCUGCUGAGAAGAACAAGAGCUUGCUCAAGACUGAGCCAGAGAUACGGCUAGGGCCAAUAUCCGGUAAGCGCUGUGAAGAAGACGACAUGUGUGUCUCGAAAAAGAAGGACCGUUGAAGCUAGCAAAGUCGGACUUCAGUAACAGAGCAGCACAAAGGAUGAGUGUCUGAGCUUCUGCAGCAAAGACUUAGAGUUGAACGACGGCUAAAGUCAAGAGCUGUUUGAGAGGGUGUCGAUUGAACUCGGGGUGCCCAGCUGCUGGUUCACUUGCUGGCGUUUCAUUCGGCUAAAAGUGGUAGGAAACUUUUCUUUUGGCCAGCUUGUUCUUCAAGCUACUCUGACUUGCCUCAUAUGUCUGCGUAGCCAAGAAGCUCCUCUGUCAUUUUAUUCUCCCGAUGUCUUCCAAUGCUAGCUUGAGAUUCCAAAUUGCUCGAGUAGGCUCUCUGAUCUCAUCUUCCAAAAGAUCAUGGCUCGCUCAUAACACUGCUUUACGAAUACGCUCCUACGCGUCUGCUCCUAAAGCAAUACCCAUCUGUCCAGGCUGUGGUGCCCCCGUCACCAACAUUCCUUCAAAACCAGGCUUCAUCAAAUCUGCCAUCAGUCAAAUACCCACGCCCGAGGUGGAGAUCAAAAAGGCCCAGGAAAAGUCUGUCUUUGACCAAGCGAUGGCAUCACUUGAUAAAGACAUGCGUGGUGAAAUGCUGCCACUCGCUCCAGAUGACUGGCAAUAUACAAAGCCAGAGAAGGUUCGCAUGGAGAAAAUUUGUACACGGUGUCAUUCAAUACACUAUCACAGCGGCUUGAUGGGCAGACAAGGGGAGAAGAAAAUCAGCAAUUUUGACAUCUUUAAGGAAAUUCGCAGUGACCCAGACUCGCUUGUCGUCAAUGUUAUUGAUUGCAUGGACUUCCCCAUGUCACUCAUUAACCUGAGAGAACAUAUCGGUUCUCGACCUCACGUCAUCCACGUCUUCAAUCGCAUUGAUGUGAUUGUACGACAGCCAAAGAAGCUGCCAGGACUCGCACCCCGCUUCAAGCAGAUGUUGCGCGACCAAUACAAGGCGACGCAAGAUGACGAAAACACAACCAUCUUGGUCGUCUCUGCCAUCAAGGGCUGGCACCUUGAUCAAUUGGCUGAAGCGAUUCGCAAACGACGACCCGGAAGCAAUGUCUACUUUACAGGAUCCGCGAAUGCCGGCAAGUCAAGUAUUUUGAAUGCCCUCAAACGACAGGAAGGACAAGCCGACCUCAACAAGAAGCAAGCCAAAAAUUUAAAACUGCGCCUACCAACGACGAGCCACAUUCCAGGGACGACUCUUGGCGCUAUUGCCAUUUCAAUGUAUUCGUUCCCAUCGCUGUUGCUGUCCGGCCGUGAGAAGGGUAAUCUGAUUGACCUCCCUGGCGUCCUCAACCCUGGUCUCUCUCAAUUCGUUGAGCUAGAUCGCCUUGCAAAAGCCUUGCCACACAAAUUGCUUCGACCCAAAACUUUACCCCUUGCCGCUGGUAGAUCGAUGGUCUUGGGUGGGCUUGUGCAAAUCACAGUCAAAUCGGUUCAUCCUGAUGAACCCUCGAACUGUGCUCUCUUGACGAUCUACUUGCCGUUACAACCUCAUAAAAUCAAGACACCCACGACCUCUCAGCCGGAUCAAAUCCUUGCCUCAGAUGCAGGCGUCUGUAAGCUUGGUCCCAAGCGUUCGGAUAAAGUCAAGGUAAGGCAUUCUUCCGUGCCUGCAUUUGAAGUAGCAUGGGAAUCGACAGUGGAGUGCUCUCCAAUGGGCGGUGGCGCCAAUGCUAUUGAUAUCGUCUUCCAGGAUCUCGGUUUCAUCAGCGUUGCAUUGUGGAAGGGUACAGCAACAAUCCAAGUCAAAACGCCAGGUGGUAUGUAUGUCACAUCAAGACAGCCCAUCCUACCAAGACCGUACAAGUAUGUCUAGACUACUAGCCAGAUGUCCCUAGUGUAUGCGAAUUCAGACCACUUGUCAAUGUGGCAAUCAAUCGCUCAAGAAGAAACCAGCCUUGAUGAGCGUCGCAGACUGGCGUGCUUGCUCAAAAUUUGAACUUAUUGCCACAGAAUGUACACGACACAAACGUCGUCA